CAAAGAACAAAAUAAGCAAAGCAAAAGCAAGAAAGCGAAAGUGCAGAAAACUAGAAGAAAGGCAAAAGCAAGAAAGUGAAAAUGCAGAAAACAAGCAAAAGAGCAAUAGCAAAAAGGCAAAAGCAAGAAAGUGA